GCAGACACAAGCAUCAGCAAUUCCUUACGAAAAAUCAAGAGUUCGGAUUUUAUUGCUUACGAUGCUUCCUUCUUCGAGACCAUCGGACCUGAUGCAAAGCUCGAGAAAAUCCAAAGCUUUCCUCCAUCCCAGAAUCAUGUGCAUGAAGCUCCUGUCUAUCUGCCAGACACCAACGAGCUGCUGUAUAGCGAUACUACUCUGAUCGGCACUGCCUUUGCCAUCGAGAUUGAUACGCACAAGGUCCGCAACAUCACUACCGACCCACCUCUCCACAGCUUGAACGGAGCCACUCUUCACCGCGGAACGGUCUACGUAGUCACAAAUGGCGGUGCGGUGCGAGGCAUGUAUACACUCGACACCAAUACUGGCAAGACAAAGGCAAUCCUCAACAACUUUCGCGGCCGACACUUCAACAGCCCAAAUGACUUGAUCUUCGACUCAGCAGGUUCCAUCAUCUUCACCGACCCCACAUAUGGUCAAGACAAUGCUUGGCCAGGCGUGCAGGCGUCAGAGCUUCCGAUGGCGAUAUACCGUUUCAAUCUUUCCUCGGGAGCCCUAACAACACUCUCAAACAACGUGGUCCAGAAGCCAAAUGGACUCGCUCUCUCGCCUGACCAGAAGACACUCUACGUUGCGGAUUCGCUCUCGACAAGCUUUGUCCUGUCCGCGCAGCGCGCAAUUUGGGCAUUCGAUUACUCCCAAACAGGUCCUUUGACAAAUCAUCGACUGCUCUAUCAGGUUGAAUCGGGCUGGCCAGAUGGCUUGAGAGUGACCAAGAGCGGCCUAGUGUUGUCGGCAGUGUACGGUGGCGUUGAUGUUGUUCAUCCUCAGACUGGACUCGUCAUUGGCAAGAUC